AUGAACCGGUCACAAGUUUUAUCACUUUUCAAAGAUCAGCACGAUGCAAUUGCUCAAACAAAGACCAUCAAACUAAAUUCAUUGUCGCCACCAGUCAAAUUACACGUGUUGGUUGAUCUUAUCGAUGAAUACUUGCUGUCUUUUGAGCCUCCAAUUGUACUUGAAAGGUUGUCUCUACAAAACAACCAAAUCUCAGACAUACCGUCCAAUUUGUUCAAAAUACUGAAACAUUUGAAAUAUUUGGACUUGUACCAUAACAACAUUUCCCAUAUCAGCAGCAGCAUAUUCCACAAUGGGCUCAAGCUGUUGGAGAUUCUUGAUUUAUCCUCAAAUCAAAUUUCGUACUUGCCUGAGUCAAUCUCGCAGUUGCAUAAUUUAAAGGUAUUGUCAGUGAAAAACAACAACAUCAGGUACCUCACCCCAUCAUUAGGUGAGCUACAGCACUUGAAUCUUAUAGAGGUUUCCAACAAUCCCCUCUCCGUCCCAUCAUUUGAUUUGAUACAAACGUUCCAAGCACAAACAGCUGAAUUAGAUUGGGUCGGCCAGUUGAAGAACUAUCUAUUAGCAAACAGGACAGUAAUCAAUGCAAGGAUUGAAGAAUCGAGAGAGCUAUCACCUACUUAUCAAGGUUUUCAAACUAUGGAUCCAAAGCACAGCCAUGAGUCGCAGAUCACACCCCCAAGCGUACAGAGAUCACAAAGCGUUAGUGAUCUUCCCAAGUCAAAAUCCUCGAAAGCUUCAAAACGAAUGGGUUUUAUUAUCAAAAAGCUUGAAGAAAAUGGAUCAGAAGAGAACUUUGAAGAGCAGCGACUGGUCACUACUUCGACAACUAUUUCACGACCCAUUAUACACGAAGGUGCCCCUCAUUCGGCAUCUGCUGCUGAAACCAAGUUUAUCAUAUCUAGUCCACCACCCCCUCAGAUAACUACUACAAGCUCUACUGCGCCAAGCUCUGCAUCAUCAUCACCAUCCAAUGACUUGGGCUUGUCAACGCCCAAGUCUAAUCUCGGACUGCAUUUGAAACCACCAGCUAGUAGGUCAAGGUCAAAUACUAUGAAAGAAAUAGACAGGAUAUUGGAGAAAAAUGAAAACGUCGACACAGAGCACAUGUCGAAUGCAUACUUUAAAAGAUUGUCUACUCUACAAGAACAGCCAGUAGACGAGUCAGAAGUUACAGAUUCGCCUACGAGUAAUCAAAGGGCAACACCACGUCAAAUCAUGGAGACUAAUCCACGCGGGCCGCCGCCAUCUUUGCCACUGGCUGUUCCAAGAUCCAGCACUUCAGGUACAGAUGAUGGCUCGCCAAUGCGACCCUAUCCCCUGUCAAAGAAACAGGUUAAUCCAAAUAUUGUCAAAGUCUCUAGAAAAGUGUUGUUUUCUUUUAGUGAAUUACACUCAUCUAUACGAAGGUUUACUGGAUUUUGCACAGAAAAAAAGAUCACCAUGAAGAUGGUAUCAUUGUUGUAUACAACCAAGUCCAAUAUUGAUUCUUUGGUGGAGAAUCUAGAGAUUAUGGAAGAAACGGGAAACAACGCAGACCAAAUAGCGCUGACAUUACAGACGUGCAUUACCUCAUUUAGAUCCAUUAUGGAUUUGCUACAAGAAAAUCUAACCAAGUUUAUCAACAAAAUUGACGUUUGUUUCAUUCGCAUGUUGUACUUGUCCGUGUUUGGUUCCUUUAAUGAGCUUAAAAAUGCGUACAUUCUUUUAACUGCAAAACCAAAGGUUACUGAAUUCAAACUGAAACUCACAAUCAAUACAAAUGUCGGGUCCUCGUUUGAUGAGGUCGAUGAAAAACUAUACGCUACUGUCGAAUCGGCCAUAGCCAAUGCUCAACCUAUCUUUACCGAGUUGAACAAAGAUGUACAUAGAGGUGCAAAUGCUAAUGCUGCAUCUGUACUGUCGAGUGUUGUGGCAAAGAUUAAAGACCUCACCAAUGUCUGUGGGUCAUCAUUGGAUAUCACCGAGCGCCUCAACACCAAGCUCAUAGCCAUCAGGAACAACCCUUCUCAUGGAGCAAAAAAGCUGUUUGCUGAAGACACGAAUCAAUUCCUAAAGUCAAUUGUUCUGAUCUUGGCAGCGGUCAAGAGUAUUGUCGUGGACAUCCCGAUAUUAGAAGAUGUUCGAGCACCCAUGUCCAAUUUAACCAAAACAGCAAAGGAAGUCACUUAUAUGUUGGAAAUUUCGUCUUAUAAAACUUUAUUGUCUGAUUCUGGAACCAUAUCGAAUCAGCAGAUGCAAAGUGCUUCUGUUAAUAAUCAGAAUUCAUCCAUGUUUACACCUGUGUCUGCACAUGCUCCAUCAUUGCCCCUGGCAGCUUUAUUUACAAACGGUCCAGUCCCAAUGAGAAACCCCACAUCUGUACUACCCAACUUAUCCACUGCUAAUCUACAGGAUACUCUGUCAAACUCCCUUGCUUCUGACAACGGACCCCUCACAGCACCCCCGCAAUCAAGUGGUCAAAUAUUUGCCAAGAAUGGGAUGAAUCCGUUUGAUAAACUUAUAUUGAGUAAGCGUGAGGAGACGUAG